AAUAACAACGUCACACACACAGUUGCACGCAACAUCUCUCUCCCUCUGUCGGGCGAAAUAGGGGGAGCUGCCGAUGUAACAUUUAUUUUUUUUAUUUCCUCGAGCCAACAAUAGAGCCAGAGCUUGCGCCAGAGCUGAAAGCAUUGCCCACCUGGACAGGUGCUCCGCCGCGACCAACCGGCAGAACGCACUCCACAACAACAACACACACAAAAAAAAAAAAAUAGUUUUUGUUUUUUUUUUUUUGUUUUCUUUCUUGCGUUCGUUCUGGCUGUGUCCAUUUUCGAUCUGAAAAGGAUAAAAAGAAGUCGCCAUCGUUUCGGCUCGUUUUGGCCUAUUUGCUCUUACAGUCAACGCUAAAGCAAAUAAAGACAAGAAAGAAAGAGAGGCGACAAGAAGGAACAGUUUUAUUGGUGUGUCGUGUGCUGUGUUGUCAUUUCGCAAGGAAAACAAAAGAAAAAAAAAACAAAAAACCCGAAAUUGAAUUUCGCCGCCAACGCGCGUCCUCUUGUCGGCCUUUUUUUUCUUUCGGUUUUAAGUGUCCAUACUUAAACCUUUGAUUGCCUUUUCAUAUCGUGAAACCGUACCGCCGUGUGUUUGUUUUUUGUUUGUUAUUUUGGCGAAAGAGUUCAAUAGUGGCACGAGAACAGAAAACGGGGGUGGGGGAGGGUUGGUGAGGGUCCGUUUCGGGCAAAAAAGAGAACGAAGAAUUUUGUCCGUUCACUUUGCGAUAUGGCAGCCGUCGUGCCGCCGCCAGCCCACGGCCAGCCGCAACAACAUCAUCAACGACUCAACAAGAUGACGGAUCUCACCGACAUGUGGCAAGAUAUUGAGAGCGUUUUAUUGGAUGAAGGUCCAAACGCUUGCGCUGCUACCGCUGGCCACCCUUCCGGCGGAGACCCGCUCGCCUACCAUCACUACCAUGCCAUCCAUCAUCCGAUUGCAGCUCAUCAGAUGAGUCUUGUUCAUCCAGGAUUCCAGCAGCACCCCAUCAACCAUCAAGGCGCGACUUACGCUGAUGUGAUGACGGGCGAGCCGGUUAUUAAAAACGAACCUGUCGACCUGAUCAGUCAGCAAACGGACGAAACUAGCGGCUCUUACAAUUUCGGCAACAACGCGGCCAGCCAUCACUUGCAAUAUCACGUCCAGCAGCAUCACUAUUAUCCGUCGAGCUCGUUGCAUCAUCAAGCGAGCCCGUCGGCGGAGCACGGCGGAUACGCCAGCAGAUCUUCUACGGCGAGAGAUUGCCUCUACCAGCCGGCGGCGUCUAAUCAUCACGUCAUUCACAAUAGGGCGUCGAGCAAUCCGUCGAUCAGUAGUCCGUCCCCGUCGCCUAAUAGCAGCAAUAGUAACAGCAGUUACGCUGGAUUCGGUCAUCAUCAUCCGUCGGCCUACGCGUACGGACCGGUGGCCGUCCCGAUGGCCGUCCCGAUGGCCCACAAUGGCCUGCAUCAUCAGCAGGGCGUAUUGGCAGCGUCGCAUCAUCAUUUGACGGCCAGCGCUGGCAGAUUCGUCCAUCACCAACCGUUUGGUCGUCACCAUCCGCCGGGCACGAGGGUGUCCGUCUCGACGCCACCCUGUUCGCCUCAGGUGACGGCCGAGACGCUCAACUCUUCAGCCGUCCAUCAUCACAAUCAGAUGCAAUUGCAUCAUCAUCAUCAUCAUCAUCACUCGCAUUUGUUGCAUCCGUCGACUUCGCAACAGCAACCGCCUCCCCCUCCGCCGACAGGUCAAACAUCAGCCGGCCCGGCUGGGCCGUUGAUUAAAUCUAAACGCGGGAGAAAACGAUGGGGUCGCAAAAAGGUCACGACGCACUUGUGUUCGUUCGCCGGAUGCGCCAAGACGUACACGAAAUCGUCGCAUUUGAAGGCGCAUUUGAGGACGCACACGGGCGAGAAACCGUACCAAUGUUCGUGGAAGGGAUGCGGAUGGAAGUUCGCCCGCUCCGACGAGCUCACCCGCCACUAUCGCAAACACACGGGCGAUCGGCCCUUCCAAUGCCGCCUCUGCGAAAGAGCCUUUUCGCGCUCCGAUCAUCUUGCCUUGCACAUGAAACGACACGUAACGGCCUAAAAAUAUUUUUUUUUUUUUUUGUUUUUUUUUUAAAUCAAAUGGAAAAUUAGGUUUGAAUUGCAAUUGAGCGAAAUGUGUUUUUCUAUUUUUAAAUAGCACAAUUAUUUUGUGAAUGAAACUAACAAAUGGCUGACCAAAGUUUUAAUUCGAUUCUUCUGCUUUUUGUUUUUUAUUUUAAAUUUUCGUUUGAUUAUCUUUGUUUCAUUUUUGCGUUGUCUGAUGAGAGUUUGUAGAGCCAUUUAUAGGCCUUUUGUUUGGAAAGACGCCUUGAUUCAUUUGACUUUUGACGAAGAUCAAAUCUUUCUACUCUGUUUAUUUUGGAAUGUGCGUCUGAUUUUAUUCUAAAAAAAAAAAAAAAAUUAUACUCGCAAAGAGAAAUCUAUUUCGCAUGCAUGGCCAUCAUGUGUUUGUGUAUAGCACGUAGGCGUAUAGGGCUUAAUUGCGUCAUCAUCCGAUCGUGUUUGAAUAUUUAAUCAGCAAAGAAGCUCUGCCAUUUAAAAGAGCUGAGCUGUCUACGAAACGCGGGGCUUUUAUGUCAUCUGUAAAUAACGUCUGAUGAAUGCAAAAAUAAAUAAUAAUAUUAAUAAUAA